AUGCACGACUCGCUCCGGCUCUCCAAGAUGCACAGGCUGCCCUUGUCGCUGAAGAUUGCGGCAGAAAAAGUGCUCCGUCGCGGGGCGGACAUGACGGAGGGGCUGGACGUGCUUGCAGCAGCAGCCAGGACGCAGGAGCACAGCGCACUGCUCCUCCCGGUGUUCUACGACAUGCUCGAUACCGGUGUCCUCCCCGAGCUCUGUGCCCCGGGCUUUGUCGAGGAGAACAUCAACGCCGCCCGGACGCAUGCAACGUGUGCGGCGUGGGGUAUUGACGGCGUGCAGCGCGUCACACACGUGAUCACCGCCGCCGCGCUCUCCGACAUAUGGCGCCGCUGCUUGCCGUGGAUCAAAUUCCUGUCCGAAUAUACAAUGGCGCUGCAAGUUUGGCUUCCGUGGUCGCUCUUGCGUAGCAACAGUGCGACCCCGUCGGGGGAGCUGCCAGCGCUUUGGCUGCGGAUGUUGACACGCCUCCUAGACCACUCUAUCACGCUGGAUAGCGCCGUCGUCGGAGAGACGCGCGGCUUCCGCAUCAUGUUCGGAGAGGCAUGGGCACAUUUAGUGCAGAUGGAGCCCGACGAUGUGGCUAGCUUGCAGGAUCUUGCCAUGCCGCUGACGCUCAUCAUGCGCUCUACAGACACAGACAUCAUCAGGGACAUUACAGAGGGCGCUGGAGGGAAGCGUGCGCUGGCUACGGUCAUUGUGACCGACCUGUGCAAUCAAUGGCCAGCCGCAACACCUGCCUCCUCCGCAAGUCUCCGCCGUGCCGCCAGCCUUUUCACCCUCCUGCGACUCGCACUCGAUAACGGCUUGACGGAGGAACUCCAGAGCGAGGGGAUUGUUGCUGCGCUGACCACCAUCUGCUGCUCUUUGAGCGCAGCAACACCUGCCGACGGAAUGCGGGCCGAGCUUCUGCACGACGGGCUGUCACUUCUAGUUCGAGUGCUCAAUGGGCCAUGGCAGCAAGUGGGGGUGCGCAUCGCACAGUGCAUCAAGGCAGGCCUCUUUGUGGUUCUCCGUACAGUGGCCCGCUGGUUGUCACCCGCCAAUACGAAUUUGCUCAUCGAACUGUUCCGCGAAACGCUACCUCCUUUGCUGCCACUCCGCCCCGUUGCCGCCGUACUCCACGAAGCUUUGCUAAAAGUGCAUGAUAUGGACUCUGCACUGUACAUCCCGUCGCCCGAACUGCUGCGCGUAUGGAACCGGCUCAAGGAGCAGGGCAUCAGCCGCACUGUGGUGUUUAGUGCCUACAAAGAUCGAAGCUCGGAAACGGCACUGGUUGCGUGCUCCAAUCUCGAUUGCUGUAACAUCUGGGAGCGGCAUGCGAUGAAGCGCUGUGGUGGGUGUCGUCACCGUCUGUAUUGCUCCAGAUCAUGCCAGCGACAGGACUGGCGAUAUGGCAACCACCGCCUGGACUGCGCCAAACUCGCUAUACCAGAUUCGCUAGAUAUGCUGUCGCACUAUGCUGACCGCGAAUUUACGAUUGCGCUGUUGAACCACGACUACGAGGUGCAGCGAUCCGCGAUUGCACCCCUACUGUUGAAGGGCCUCCUGAACCUCAUGAGCAAUAACUUGAACACCGAGCUGGCGAUUCGCUGGGUGUACCGUUACGAGGACUUCUACGCCAACAACGAGGGCUUCCUCCUGGCGAGUGCAACCAUCCUCCCGCUGGAUAGGACGCCAUAUGCAGGGUUCUAUGGCGCGCCAGGCAGCGGGACGCCAAUGCGCCGAGCAUUUGACGCCGGGCGCGUGAUGCUACACAUGCUCGACCUGCGCGUGCCAUAUCCAGUGUACUCACUCGACGUGCGCUCGUAUGCGCUCCCGCUCCGAUCGGCAACCGGCAAGCUGUUCACUGGGCUCCACCGGCUGGCUGUGGACAUUAUGGCCGCGGGUGGCUCGGCCGCGGAUGUAGAGAGUUAUGCCUCGCAGAUCGCCGCACUUGUGAAGGAAGACGGACUAGUUGCGCAUUCUGCUGUAGUAGUUAUGCAGCCGGUCGGCCCGGGGGACACGAUAGUGCACAGCCAGGGCUUCAUCGAAUAG